AAGCACAAAGCCUCCAAGUUCAACUCUUGACAAGGCUGUGCAUAAAAAAGGUAACAUUUUAUCCUAUUGUCGCCUCUUUGUAGUUGCCUUUAAGUUUGGAUGAUGAUAUACCUAAUUUAGGAAAAUUAUUAAUUUUGGAGUAUUGUUGUACUUAAUUAAUCUGCUUUAAUAUUAGUUUCUUUACUUUUUCUCUUGCUUGUCUUGAUUGUUGAGCAUUAAUAAGUUGGGCUAUGUUUGUUUCAGAGUUUUUGUGAUCACUUUACCGUAAUCUUCCUUGUUUAGUUGAGUGUUGGUUUGCUGAAGUUACUAGAAUAAACAUGUUUAGCCUAGUUUGGUGUCUUAAUGAAUUGUGUUGGCCUGUGGCUAUUUGUAGUGAAUAUAUGAUCAUGAAUACUAAGUAGCACCUUACACAAACCAAGUCUAAAUGAUAUUUUACUUAGAACCACUAGUGUAAUAAUUCAUGUUUUUAUCUGGAUAAUUUACUUGAGUAAGAUUGAAUUAAGAGAAAAUAUGGGAGAAAGAAUGCUGAAGUAAGCUCAGGUUUAGAGAGACACUGCUUUUAGUUAAGAUUCAGAAUUGGUUGUAAUGUUGAAAAUAGAUUUUGAGCCAUUUGUCAUUUGAGAAAAAUAAUGAUAGUUGAAGUAUAAAAAGCAUAUGUUGUUUGUCCAGUCCUAGUAUGAAUAUCUUGCUUGGUCAUUAGAUGCUUGAAUUAAAUUGUUUAUUAGUCAUUGAUCAGAAAUAGGAUAAACCUGUUUGAAUUACAGUAACUGAUCCAACGCUAAGUGUUAACAUACUUAACCAUGAAUUACCCCUCUAUGUGGUCUCCUGAACUGAUGGGAUUGAGUGUGUUUAUGAAUUUUGUCUGAAUUUGAAUGACUAUGUGUCAUCCUCACAAAGGGAAGGUGUGAUCUAAUAUGUCAUUUAUUUGAUGUACACUUAAAAUUAAGGACUCCUGCCUUGUCUUGAUUGUGUCAUGAGAAUAGUUCUUUAAUUGUGAGAGAUAAAAGGGCAAGGUGAGAAAGAAUAAAAAGGGCAAACCUGUUUCUAGUUUGUCAAAGUCCGUUGUGAAUGAGCUAUCUGUGUAGUGUCAUUGUCAUAACUAGAAUUAGACAAGAGGAGAGUUGUUUUAGACCCUAGGGAGUUUAAGCACAUAUGUUUGUUUUCUUCUACCAUGGUUUGUUUGUACAUUAUUUAGUCCAUAAAAUAAAGGGUCACAUGUUUGAAGUGUUGCAUUACAAUUAACUACCUAACCUUUGGGAAGACCCUGGUGGUGUCACUUGGUUUAGGAUGGGGGGGAUGGAGAAGGAGAGUCUAUUCCUGAGGAGUAAAGGGUAAGCUUAGGUAUGAACUGGAAGUGAUGACCAGUGGAGCCUUUGCUCCCCUUUACUGAAAGGAAAGACCAGGAAAGGGUGGGGGGUGGUGACCUCACCUUGCACUUGUCUUUUCUUCAGGACCUGAGGACUUUCUUCUCUUUCUAAAUCUCAUUUCCUAUAACCACGGGAUUUACCAGAGGUUCUUAUAUGACUGUCCAAACACUAAUUUUGAAUAAUAAGAACUGUUAAUAAGAUCAUUUAGUCCCAAGUACUAGUAUGGUCGAUCAUGAGAACACUGCUUAAUUAACUAUCUUCUUGACAUGCGUGAAGUUAUAUGGAAACUCAUGUAGAUUCCUAAAUGCUAGGUGCCAUGACCUUGUUCCAGAUUCUGAGGAUAUUUUCCAAAUCCAUCUAUUUGGUUUGUUGUUUUCUUUCUUUUGAAUUACUGUUUCGUGAUAUAUUAGGUAUCCUUUAUUUAAAACAUGUGAAGUCUGUGUGUGACAACCUACCCAUGGGAUGUGUUCGCUUGUCUUUUAUGUCUGAUGGCACCAAUUGUUGCAUAUAUGAAAGUUUUUUAUCCUUGUUCCUGUGGGAUAUUGGUACACUGAAUGGUAUGGUAAAAUCAAGAUAUGCAAUGGUUCUUGGUUUUGAUAAUGAACAUGGUAAAAAGGGGAUGUUGAGUGUUAAUUAAUUAAUUAAGAUAAAAGAUAAGUAUGAUGUGGUUAAUCCAUGAUAGUAUCCCUUCUGAUGAAUAUGAUGCCUGACUGCCAAAAAUGGGUCUAAAUGAUUUUAUUUAAUCAGUAAAAUGAAUUGGAGAGGUCUUUUGAUGCUUUAUUUGGUCUGAACUAGGAUUCUAUGAUGUCAGAGUUCCUUAAUGGUUUAAAACAUGUAAUUAAGGUCUUAGGUUGGCUAACAUAAGGCAUUGAUAUGAAAUUUGGGUUAAUGGUGUCUCACUAAUAUCAAUCACUUAGUCUUAAAGGAUCAAGAAGUGCAAAAAGGGAAGCCUGGGUAUGAAAUCUAUCUAGAUCAUUCUUUGCCAAGCUGUUUGUAUCAUUUUAAGUGUUAGGGUUCAAAUGAUAAGUUUGUGGUGAUCAUGAUUAAGAAUAAGAUUGAGGGUGGUGCUUGGUUCUCUCUCUGACGUUAAAAUAUGUAGUGUCUCGCCUUAUCUUGUACUGUUGUGUCAAAUCAGGCUUAAAGUAAGAUGUGCAGACCUGUUUUCGACUCUGUCAUUAUUAAAAAGGGAUUAAAGUCAUUCCAUAAUUAGACUUCUAGGCUAAAUAACUAAAAAUACUCAUCUGAGUCCAUAUUAGUCAAGUGUUUGGUUGGGAAUUGAUUCAAUAAUGGUAUUUGUGGGGAUAUAAGUGUCCAUGGGCAAACUGUGAGCCACUUGACAAUAGAAGAGCCUUUUUAAAGGCAUCUUAGAGAGAGGAUUGGGAGGAACCAAGUCCAACUUGGUUCAUAGUGCCUUCCUCCAAAUAAAGGAUGCCAUGGCAUACUCUAUAAGUCUAUGGAGGUGUGUUUGCCUUAUGAAUACAUUUGACUCUACAGUCCUGUCAUAGAGUACAGUUAGGUCAAAAGUCUUGAAGAAAUAUUAGAUAAAGUAUUUAAAAGAUCACCAUUAACCCAAGUCUGUUUGACCACCUAUUCACAUGAGUUGUCUCUGAAUCCUGUCUAAAGGUACUGAGUGCAUUUAAAUGAAGUUGACACUAGUCCUAGUCAUUAUGUGUGAUUCUCUCAUGCCCAAAGUCUGAAAGAAAGAAAAAGAGAAAGUGUGAGUUAAAGUCACUAACCUGGAUUCAUGCCCAAGUCAUUAAAUUCCUGCAUGAUCUUGUUUAAAGCAAGCUGGUUCAAGGCUCAGGAGGAAAACCUGCCUGUCAUGUCCUUUUUUUUUUUUUUUUUGAAAUCCUUGAAUCCUAGCCUGGACCUUAACACUUGGUCCAUGAUUUUAGUGGCCAUUACUUGACUGUUUGCCUUAUAGAAUCUCUGUGACUUGGCUAGAUAGAGCCUACAAUAUGACAUGACCUGCUGAGUACUCAGGCUAGUAUAUAAUGACUUUGUGGAGAUUAAAAUGACUUAAUGAAACCUCUAACAACAAAUUGACUCAAGUUAAAACUCAAUUCAAAAUAAUGUGGGAAUUACUCUCAGAUACACUUAGAUUGACAUACUCUUGUCUUACUGCCAUCAUUAGUUGUUUGUUUUCUUUUCUUGAAUACCAUUAUGUCCUAAAAUAGAUAAUUAGAUUCAAAGAGGCUUGGUUCUGUUCAGUUUUGCCAUGCUUGUCCAGAUUCCUAAUUAGUUUUAUUACACUAUAAUGUGAUCUUGCACAUGUCCUUUGUAAAUAAAAUGAAUGCUUUAGUUCAGAUGUAUAGAUAAACCUGCUCAGUUGUGUAUAAGGUCUCCAUAUGUAUUUUUGUUAGUUGCCAUUUAUGUGAAUUGCCUUGGGCUCUCCCAUGAAUAUGGAGGCUUGUAGCUAGCUUCCAUCUGCACCAUGUCUACUUAAUUCACGACUGUUUUGAACUGUGCCACUUCCAUGUACUUGUUUAUGUUAUGAUUGCUUGAUUCAGCCUGAAAGUUGGUCACAUUGUGUCCAUAUGUGUUAUUUCAUCCUUGUCUAAGUCAUGUUUAGUUGUCUUGGUCAUGGUUUACUGAAGUAUUACAUCUGCUUGGAUCAUUAAUCUCUUUUCUCUAUACUCUUCACAUGUUCUUAUUAGUUUAUGGCUAUCCUAUAACUGUGUGCAUUAGACUUGUCCUAUUUAUUCCAAGCCUGUAUGUGGAUAUGUAAGUCUGUGUCCUCCAUGGCUGUGUUGGUUCGGAGAGGCAGUUUGGGGUGGGGGGCUUAGUCUGAACCUUCCUUUGGUGACCAGCCAUGCCGGAGGUUCAUGAAACCUCUUGGAACUUGUGUGGCAUCAGGAACAAGGAUGGCAAUGACUUUUCCUCCCUACCACCCAAGUCUUCUCCAAAUAAGUUUAAGAGCAUGGAAGUGCAUAUGCAUACUACAUGGACUUGUGAAUUAAUAGGAUACUAUGUAUGUGUGUGUGUACAAUUUAUGCAUAUGAUUGGACAUGUGAGUAAAUAGGAUACUGUGUGUAUGUGUGUAUAGCUAUACAUAUGAUAAGAUCAGUAAAAUAUUAAACUAAUUGGGGUUUUUGUUUCUUUCCUUCUUCACUUCAUGGCCCUAUGGGCCGAGGUCCAACCACCCUAUUGAGCCAAAGGCCCAAUAGGAAAAUUCUUUCGAAAUCAUUGAGUCCGAGAAAAAGAAAGGAAAGCUAGUAUACAUUUGAAGGCCCAGUCAUGGGUGAAAAUGGCACGAAGGCCCAACCAUGGUUAAAAAUGGUUAACUAGGGGUUUGGUAUACCCCUAGUCUAUCCUUCCUACAUUAUCUAUCCUUCUUACAUUAUUUAUGCUAUUCGAAUUUUCUUAAAAUGUUGUAUUGUAUUCAUACUUGUAAAAACCACAGUAUUAUUGGAAUCAGUUAUGGUUUGAACUAGGCAUCUUAGGCAAACGGUGCAUACGCCGUUUAGUUGACUCUAGAUCCUUAAAACCAUUUUUUUUUUUUUGAAAACCUGAAAUAUGCUUACUGAUUUUUUAACUUAAAUGGGGACUAAUCACGUUUUCAAUAAAUUAAACAAUAAAGAGACUAAGAGAUUUUAUGAGGUCAAAAUGGCAUGAUACUUUUAUUAAAAACGAAAGAGGAGAAACAAAUUGAACAAACUUAUUUCAAGGAAAACACGUUUUUCUGGGUUUGAAUUGGCAAAAAAUAAUAAAGUGUUUUGGGCCAGAGGCCGCGUGAUUUAUUUUUUUUCUUUUUAGAAUCAGAUGGUUAAAAUAUUUUGGGCCAGAGCCCACAUGGCUUGUCUUUGAGAAAUGGACCGUUAAAACAUUUGGGGCCAGAGCCUACAUGACUUUUCUUUUAAAAAACAGAUGGUUAAAUUAUUUUGGACCAGAGCCCACUUGACUUCUUCGUUUAGAAGCAGACGGUUAAAGAAUUUUGGGCCAGGGGCCACAGGACCUUUUUCUUUAGAAAACAGACGGCUAAAUUAUUUAGGGACAGAGCCCACAUGACUUUAAAAAAAAGAUGGUUAAUAGAAGGGAUAAACCUCAAACUGAAUUCUUUUAAAAUAAGGAAAAUGGAGAAAAACUGUAGACUCCUUUUAUAAAAAAAUUGAAACAAUCGUUUCGCUAUAAAUCCCAAUACAAAAAGAACAAUUUCAAUAUAGUAAAAUUUACUUGGCAUAGGUUCCAUUAUUACCUAUUUAUGGAACAUAACUAAACUUUUCAAUAAUUAUAUUUAGUAGCUAAAAUAUAACAUAUUUACUUCACAUAGCUACCAUGUUUUUACCACUCAUCUGAUAACUUCCCACUCCCCUAAAUUUAAGCCAACAAAAACGUGUCUCUCUCCUACCUCCUAAAUACAUGUCAUUAUUCACCAUAUCCAUUAAUUUCCUCCAAUUUCAAAUCAGUUUUACAAUUCUUCAACUUCCUUUUUUAUCUUUAAUUAACUACUCAUUAAUUUCACUCACGUUUCAAAUCUAAUUCCCAAAAUAAGGUAAGAUUCUAUACUGAUUUUUAAUUUUCACCGUGUAUUUAACCUAUAUUUUGGGUGUUUUUUUUCGUUUGAAUCAGGAAUGAAACUCUAAUUAAUUAACUAUCAGUGUUUGUUCUUGGUUGUUUUUUCUUAGAUUCAAUUGGAAUGACUAAGAAAGCUUCUACUCCGAUGAGAAAUACAGGUAUAGAACCCGAAUGUGCGAUUCCUAAUUUUUCUUUGGGAAUUUCUCAAAAUGAAACUGCCAUUGCAGGCUCUUAUGCUGAGAAUCGUUCAAAAAUAAUUAACGAUCCUAGGCGUUCUAAGGAAUAUGUUGAUUCGAAGAGUAAACAACAAGAAAAAGUGAAAAAGGUUUCUCAAAUGGAGAAACAAAAGAAGAGAAAGGCUAGUGACAAUGUUGUUAAUGUUAAGGGCAAAAAAAUUGCUAAAGCCAAACAUAAUGUGGAUGAGGAUGAUGAUGAAGAGGUAUCUAAAUUUUUGGUUACCAAGCACCCUGCUGUGGCACCAUCUAUGUGUAGAUACACCAAUGUUAAUGUAAUGCAAGAUAUUAGAGGCAAACUAACAGACCCACAGAUGGAUAUGUUUAGGAAUUCUUGUUUUGGUAAAUAUCUUAGAAUGCAACAAUUGGAUGUACAAGCACAGAUUUUUCGGUGCUUUAUGGUCAAAGAACUUAGGGGCAGUACAUAUAGGUGUUUUACAUUUGAAAUAAAUGGUAAAGUUCUGCGUUUUGGCCUUAGAGAAUUUUCACUGAUCACUGGGCUAGAUUGUGUAUCUGAUGAAAAUGAUUUUGUUUAUGAUAACUCAAAACCGAAUAGGCUUAUGGUUGAGUAUUUUGGUAGAAAUCAGGAGAACCAACUGCCAGUUAAAAGACACAAGCUUAUUGAGUGUUUCAACAAGACUGUCUGGGAUGAUAAAGGGGAUAACGCAGUCAAGAUGGCAAUAUUGUAUUUCAUAAAUAUGUGGGUACAUUGUGGUGAGCCAAACUCAACAAACAUACCAAGGAUCCAUUUUGAUGUUGUAGAGGACGGGAGAUAUAAUGAGUAUCCUUGGGGUAAAGAUUCGUUUAGAGAGUUGGUUGUAAGCAUCGGACAGAAAUAUGCUGGUUUUAAGAAAUAUUAUAGGAUUCAUGGUUUGCCGCUUGCUAUGCAAGUAUGGUUGUAUGAAUGUUGCUCAAAAGUCCCGUCCACCACUGCAGUUAAGACGGGAAAUUUAAUUCCUAUAAUUUUGAACUGGCGGACUACGGAAGGAAAACCAGAAUUCAAGAGAUUGAUGGAUGGCAUGUUCAGAGACGACAAAAACCCGUCCUGUAGAUUUGAGGAAGUUGUGCCAACACCCCAUGACUUGGAAAGUCUUAAAUUGCCUCCUGUUGCACAUGACAUACCAGACGUCAAACAUGGAGUUGGUGGUGUACAUGGUACUGAUUUGGUAGACGAUGAUUACGAUGAUUUUAGUACCACACCACUGCAUCUGUCCAGUGGCAAACAGCAACAAAGGAGUGCCAAUUCUGAUUCCCCGUGAGGCAAGAAACGGACAC